AUGGAGGGCAUGGAUUUUGAGGAUAAGUCCAAGAGGUACUGCAUGAAGACAAAGCAUGUGGCUAUCAUCUGUGGAGUCGUGGUUGUUGUAGGACUUGCUGUGGGGCUUGGUGUGGGACUGAGCAGACCUAAACCUCCAAAGGCAACAGAGCAACCAGCAACAGAAGAGCCUCCUCCCCCAGUGGAUUUGGGUCCCUGUCCCUCCAGGAAUGAUGAGACUGGAGACUGGAAAGAUUUUAGGCUGCCCACUUAUGUCAAGCCUGUCCACUACGAUCUGGAAAUCAAGCCUGAAAUGGAGAAAGACACUUACAGUGGGACAGUCAGCAUAUCUAUUGCUUUGGGAAAACCAACCAGCUCCCUGUGGCUUCACCUGCGAGAGACCAAGGUUACAGAAAUGCCCACACUCCAGAAAUCUUCAGGACAGCAGAUUGCUCUGAAUGACUGCUUUGAGUACAAGCCACAAGAAUACAUUGUGAUGAAGGCAGCAGCAGAGCUCUCUGUCACUGAUCAAAGUGAUCCCUACAUUCUCACCCUGAAGUUUCAAGGCUGGCUGAAUGGUUCACUGGUUGGGUUUUAUAGGACCACCUAUACUGAGGAUGGACAGAUCAAGAGCAUUGCAGCUACUGAUCAUGAGCCAACAGAUGCACGGAAAUCAUUUCCCUGCUUUGAUGAGCCAAACAAAAAGGCAACAUACAACAUAUCUAUCAUCCAUCAAGAUGUGUACCAAGCACUUUCAAACAUGCCAGUACAGCAAACUGUACAGCUCGGUGAUGGCUGGAAUCGAACAACUUUUGAGAAGUCAGUCCCCAUGAGCACUUACUUGGUAUGCUUUGCAGUGCACCAAUUUGCCUGGGUAGAGAGAAUAUCCGCAAGUGGAAAACCUCUGAGAGUUUACGCCCAGCCACAGCAAAUACACACUGCAGAAUAUGCAGCAAAUGUAACAAAAAUCGUAUUCGACUUCUUUGAACAGUACUUUAAUUUGAGCUACUCUCUUCCAAAACUGGAUAAAAUAGCUAUUCCAGAUUUCGGGACAGGUGCUAUGGAGAACUGGGGGCUGAUCACAUACAGAGAAACGAACCUGCUGUAUGAUCCUGAGGAGUCAGCCACAUCCAACAAACAGAGAGUAGCUGCUGUGAUAGCCCAUGAGCUCGUUCAUCAGUGGUUUGGAAAUAUUGUAACCAUGGACUGGUGGGAUGACUUGUGGUUAAAUGAAGGAUUUGCCAGUUAUUUUGAGUUCCUGGGAGCAAAUGCAUCAGAACCAGAUUGGAAAAUGCUUGAACAGGUUUUAAUUGAGGAUGUGCUUCCUGUACUGAAGGAUGACUCCUUGCUGUCUUCUCAUCCAAUUGUAGUCGAUGUGUCAUCUCCAGCUGAAAUCACCUCUGUGUUUGAUGGGAUAUCCUACAGUAAGGGUGCAUCAAUCCUCAGAAUGAUUCAAGACUGGAUUACACCGGAGCUCUUCCAGAAAGGCUGUCAGGCGUAUUUGAAGAAACAUAAUUUCCAGAAUGCCAAGACACAACAAUUUUGGGAAGCUCUGGAAGAGGCAAGUAAUAAACCUGUGAAGGAAGUAAUGGACACAUGGACUAGGCAGAUGGGUUACCCUGUUUUGGAGAUGGGAGAUAAUUCAGUAUUCACACAGAAACGUUUUCUUUUGGAUCCUAAUGCAAAUGCUUCUCAUCCUCCUUCUAAUCUUGGUUAUAAAUGGAAUAUACCAGUCAAAUGGAGGUUUGGUGAUUCAUCAGGUUAUACUUUCUACAAUGCAUCAGAUUCUACAGGAAUUACAAUAGCAGCUUCUCCUGAUACUUUUCUGCACGUUAAUCCAGACCACAUUGGAUUCUUUCGGGUGAAUUAUGAUAGUCAAAACUGGGCCAGAUUAAGCAGUCUUCUGCUCCAAGACCACACAAAUUUUUCAACUGCUGAUCGCGCAGGGAUUUUGGAUGAUGCUUUUUCUUUAGCAAGGCCUGGACUUGUGAAUUACUCUGUUCCCCUGGAACUCACAAAAUACCUAAGAAAUGAAACAGAGUAUUUACCAUGGCAUAGAACUAUAUCAGCUGUAACUUACCUUGCAAACAUGCUUGAAGAUGAUAAAAAUAUCUAUCCCCUGUUUCAGAGAUAUUUUCGCAAUCUGGCAAAACCAACUGUGGAUCAACUGAGCUGGGAGGAUUCUGGACACCAUUUACAGAGGCUUCUUCGUGCAUCUCUUCUGGACUUUGCCUGCAGUAUGAAUGACCCAGAAUCUUUGAGCAAUGCUUCUCAACUCUUCAAUAGAUGGUUACAAGGAGAAACUAUUGCUGCAAAUCUACGACUUAUAGUAUAUCGCUAUGGGAUGCAGAACUCAGGCAAUGAGACAUCAUGGAAUUACAUGUUCAAGAAGUACCAAGAAACUUCAUUAGCCCAAGAAAAAGAAAAGCUGCUAUAUGGCUUGGCAUCAGUGAGGAACAUCACCCUUUUGGACAGAUAUCUGAAAUACAUUUACAACACCAGCCUCAUCAAAAGCCAAGAUGUGUUCACAGUCCUGAGAUACAUCUCAUAUAACACCUAUGGGAAAACUAUGGCGUGGGACUGGAUACGACUGAACUGGGAGUACUUAGUUGACAGAUUCACUAUAAAUGACAGAACCCUUGGUCGAAUAGUAACUAUUUCCCAAACCUUCAAUACUGAGCUCCAGCUUUGGCAGAUGGAAAAUUUCUUUGAAAAAUAUCCUAAUGCUGGGGCAGGAGAAAUGCCCAGAAGUCAGUCAUUGGAGCAGGUGAAGAGCAACAUUGAAUGGCUAAAAGAAAACAAGGAGGAAAUACAAACAUGGCUGGAUGCACAAUUUGGAGGGAGCGAGGCGGCCCCAGCGUCCCGACGGUUGCGACCCUCGGUGGUCCCCUGUGCGGCUUCGCUCUCCUCACGGAGAGGGCUCACACGGCUUCUUGCUCAGCGCCGUGCCGCGCUGUCCGGCCAAGGGGCUGACUCCAAAGGGCGCUCAAGGUCUUCGUCACUGCCGGAGCGAGGCACUCGCAGCCUCCUGCUCCCGGCUGUGUCCAUACCCCGCUCCCGACGGGACGCUCCAACCCCGCAAAUUGAGCCUCUCGCCCAAAACUCCCAGAGAUGUACCAUUUUAGAGCCGCGGCCGCGCAGGGCCUGCCCAGCCGUCCCCUCCCCGCGUGGGGUCCGGCCCAGGCUCUUGCCGAAGCGGUGCCGCGGGAGGGAACCUGUCCCCACCUCGGUCACGCUGCCCCCCUCCCCUGGGGCUGCAGACCGUAAGGCCCCUCUCGCACGCUGCCGCGGCCGGGCUGCAUCGCCAGAGCUGCCGGGCACGGGCCGGUGGCGGCCGGGAGAGGUCGCGGGACCGGGGUCGGGCCGGCGGCCCCCCGCGCAGUCACAGCCCGCCCUCCGAGAAGGCAGGCUCGGCUCGGAUCCCUCUGUGGCUGCGGCAGCGUUUGCCGUGCCCCUCCUGGCUCCGCGGCGGCAGGAGCGACUCGCGCUGCCCUCUGCGCUUCGGGGCGGGCGGUGGGUGGUCACAGCCGCAAGGGAGAAAGCGACCAAACAAGCCGCUCUCGUCCCCGACAUCACGGAUCAAACCAGAGGGACGUUCGUCGAGCACCGCCAGAGGGCUGGCUCCCUGCGCAGGGGCGAGGAGCACUGGUUCCGCUCUGCCCGCUCCAGUCCCGCGGAUCUGCCUGACACAAGUGAAGCCGAGGAAAAACAAAGCAAGGAGAGCGCAACGGGAAGCACAGACAAUAACCAAAAGGAGAUAUAUCCAUAUCUGCGCGUCACUUUGACCUUUGCGAGGCGAGGCACUCCGAUCCGACGGGCCAGGGACUCGCGCACGCCGCCGGGUUCAAAGUGCGGGAAGACACCAUCCGAAAACAAAAGAAAGAAACCGGGCCAGGACACGGUCCCGGAGCGCCAGCGCGGGGAGAGAGAGCCCGGGGACCCCCCAGCCCUGGCUGGAAGGGGCGCGCUCCGCGGCCGCGGCCACAGCUCCGAUCGGGGGGUGGUGGGGACUGCGAGGGCCAACGGGACUGUGGAUUGGGAUGUGGAUUGGGAUGUGGAUUAG